AGUUUCCCUCCCCUUCCCUGCCUUCACUCCAUGGGUCUGGGGCUUGUGAAGUUAGGCUGAACCCAGCUGGGUUCACAGGCGUUGGAACGGAGGCUGAAGAAGGGUGGAGCGCGGCUAGCUGCAGCGUACCAGCAGUAACAGCCCAGACGGGAGACUCUCCCCUCGCUCCGCGGAGCCGCGUUUCUGCAACGCUCGCGUUUAGCGGGAUCGCGGCUCCUGGCUCCCCCCCAUCACCAAAGGCUUGCCUCGUCAUCCGAGAAUGUCUCAGCAGGGGGUUGAGCAGCGCCCGCUAACACGGCUUGCCUGUGAAGCGACUUCCCACACUUUUCCCUCAGUGUCAGGGAGUCAAGGCUGCCAUAUUAUGGCCUCACCCGCUUCCUCCCCACCUUCCCACCAAGAGCCCUGCCACAUGGGGGAGGCAAGGGACCCCUAGAGGAGCUACUCCAACCAGUCUUCUCUCCAUCUCAGAGCAUAGACAACAGGAGGAUAAAUCUCCUAAACGAAGGCCGUAGAAAACCUGGUUCAGGUAUCCCCUCGCUGACAAAUCUACCCAAAGAUUCUCCAGCUUUUUCUUUCUAAUGUGACAUACUCCUUGGGUUUGACUUGGUUGCAGACAAAAGGAGUCUUGAGGCAUUUCUUGGUGCCCUAAGCAGAAAGCACAGAAGCCUACUAUCUACGUAAAUAGGGACAAUUGUAGAGGCGGAGCAACAUGGCUGACGAUAGGAAAGAUGAAGCUAAGGCACCGCACUGGACUUCAAGUCAGAUAGCAGAGGCUUCUUCACAUUCACAUUCCCCAGAGAUGAAGGAGCAAAGUGGGACAGGGGAAGGAUUAGUCAGAAGUGCUAAUGGAUUUCCAUACAGAGAGGAUGAAGACGGAGGAUAUGGUGCCCGUGGACAACAGAGCUCAUAUUCCAGAACCAAAGAGAAUGGGAUAAAUGGAGAACUAGCUACAGGAGAGAAAGAAACUGCAGAAGAAGUAUCUGCAAGGAUAGUCCAAGUAGUAACAGCUGAAGCUGUGGCAGUCCUGAAAGGUGAACAGGAAAAAGAAGCCCAGCACAAAGAUCAGCCAGCACCAUUACCUUUAGCAGUUGAAGAAACAGCUAACCUGCCUCCUUCCCCGCCCCCAUCACCAGCUUCAGAGCAGACUGGAACAUUGGAAGAAGAUUUACUUGCAGCUUCGAAGAUGGAAAUCCAUGACCGGGAACAUACAGGCCUUUUUGGAGCUGAGCCAUUUGGCACAAAGGAAUCAGAGAAAGGAAGUAAGACUAGUGAUGCCUUAGUUCAACAGCCAGCAAAAACAGAGACUUUAGAAAUAACAGAAUCACAAGGCAAAGGAGAAGAGAAAAUGUUUCCAACACUGUCAGAACAGACUUUUGUUGCAAGUCCACAAAAGAAAGAGGACAGGAAUUCUGUAAAACCAGAUUUCAAUUUUACUGGAGAGUCACAUCUACAUCAAGAACAAAAAGAUUUGUCAGCAGAAUUUCACAAAGAAAGUAAAAUAGACGAAAAGGUUCCAGAGGUCCAAAAAUAUGCCAUUCAAGCACUACCCUUAAAAUCUAAAGAUGACCAAGUCUAUACUAAAAAAAGUGACUUUACCUCUCCUGAAAGCAUAGGUUCUUUCUCACCUUCAGAAUUUAAAGUGGACCUUAAAGGCACAGUUAAAAGUGGGUUUUCUUCUGAAACUUUGCCAGUUGCUCUACAUAAAACUGAGCCAGAUGAUAGUAAAAACAUGAUGCAAAUAUCUAUUGCUACAGAGAUUGCGAAAGACCUUCUGAAAGAUCAAAAAACUGACAAAGAGCAAUCAAGAAAACAGGAAGAAGAAUUUGAAGUGGUGACUAUUCAUCCCUCACAACCAAGUACAGAGCAAACAUCCACCCAGAAUGUUCCUGUAUGGGAGGAAGAGAAAGAUAUGACAGAGGAUGAAAGUGAUGAGGAGGGAUAUUCCAUUUCCAGUGGACAAAAGCCCAGGGUAUCAGACGAUCAUUUUUUUAAAGCUUAUGGCCAACAAACAACUGUUUUGGAUAAAGAAGUCAUGAGAAAAGAAACUGAUUCUAAAAAGUCAUCUGAUACUCUCAAAGCAGAAGAAGAGUUGGAGACAACUGGGCUUUCAACAACAUGGGAUAUUAAAAAAGAGGGAACACACAGCACUGAGAUUUCCACAGACAAACUCAGUCAAGAAUUGCUUCCUGAAAAAAUUAAAGAGCCUUUAGAUAAAGCUGUAUUGUCUGCAACAAUAGAAACCCCCCCAAGUGAACCCAGCAAAGAAUCUCUGCAAGGAAAGGAUGGGAAAGGGGAAAUGUUUUCUGUUGCGGAUUCAGAAGCUCACAAAAUGCAGAUAGAAGAGGAUAAAUCAGGAAUGUCUACUUAUUUUGAGACUUCCACUCUUAAAGAUGAAGCUCUCAAGAGUGACAUGCUACAGCAAGGCAAUGAUUAUUAUGAGCUGAGUGAUACUAAAGAAGGGGAGGCCUAUGACUCUUACCAUAAAGACUUCCUAAUAUCUAAAAAAGAUGCUGAGGAAUUUCAGCCAGAGGCAUACCAACAUGUCAGUGUACCUGCUCAUGAAAUAGGAUAUAGUACUCUAGCUCAGGGCUUCCCAGAAGAUUAUUCUGAGGAACCCAGCUCUCCUACUGAAAGAAUGUACACCAUUGACCCAAACGUAUAUGGGGAUAAGAGAGAACUCCAUAGUAAAAAUAAAGAUGACUUAACUCUAAGCAGGAGCUUGGGGCUUGGUGGAAGAUCUGCCAUAGAACAGAGGAGUAUGUCAAUUAAUCUGCCAAUGUCCUGCUUGGAUUCUAUAGCACUGGGGUUUAACUUUGGGCGUACACAUGACCUUUCACCUCUAGGUUCAGAUAUUAUGGAUAAUGCUAGUGGGGAUGAAGGUGAUGAUUAUUUGCCAGCCACCACCCCAGCAAUAGAAAAGGCUCCCUCCUUCCCAUCAGUCAGCAGGGAAGAAGAUGAGAAAACUGAAGAGUCAAAAGUAAAAGAAGGGGGAGAUAUCCAGGUGGAGCCUUUGUGUGAGUCACCCUUCCUGGCUAAAGAUUAUUACAAAAAUGGGACUGUAAUGGCUCCUGACUUGCCUGAAAUGUUGGACUUAGCAGGCACAAGGUCAAGGCAAGCAUCUGUGAGUACAGACACCGAGCUAGUACACAGGAAAUCCAUUCCCUCAGAAGCAGUUCUAGAAGAAAGCAGUAUGACCCAGCACUUUAUGGCUGAUGAAAACCAUAUGACUCUAAAAGCUGACAGUCAACUAGAAGAUUUGGGUUACUGUGUUUUCAAUAAGUACACAGUGCCAAUGCCAUCUCCAGUACAGGACAGUGAGAAUUUGGCAGGAGAAAGCUGUCCCUUUGAUGAGAAAAUUAGAAGAGGUAUAGUUGCAGACCUGUCUUUGAUAGAAGUGAAGUUGGCAGCUGCUGAGAGAGCCAAAGAAGAAAAAGAGGUCUCUGGUGACUCAGCAGUUUUGGGCAAGGAGUUUGAGCAAGAGAGAAAAGCUAGUGAUAAACUAGAUACUGUGCUAGAAAGAAGUGAGGAACAAACUGAUUCUAAAGAAGUCUGCUCUCAUGAGGACACUGAACAUGAAAAAACAAGGCCUGGUCUAACUUUAGAAAGUGCAGAUGAAAAACAUAUAUUUGGACUAGAAGAAAAAGUUUCUUCAUUAACUGAGAAAGAAGAAAAGGCCAUGCAUAUCAUUUCAGAGAUAGGCAAGGCAGAAAUUUCUUAUAAACCAGACUAUGAUGCUAUAAAGCAUGAUAUGGAUUCCGCUGCUCGGCAAGUUGAGCAGGAAUACCAGAGUAAGUUAGGAGUUCAUAUCACUGAGUUUGUUUCAGAGCAAGUCACAGAAGAUCAAAGAAAGACCCUGUCAAUAUUGCCUGAAGAAUCCAGUAUCUGUGCAAAAGCAGAACUUAGUCACAUGAAAGAUGUCACCAAAAUGUCUGAAACUGAAGUUAAGGAAAAGGGGCCUAAGCCUGAUCUGGUGCAUCAAGAAGCAGUAGAUAAAGAAGAAUCUUAUGAGUCAAGUGGUGAUAAUGACCAAGCACAAGAAGGUUUGCCUAUAGAAACUUCAAAACCAUAUGAUGGCAAAAUAGAACCAGAAAGCCCAUCUCUGUCGGAAGAGGAGAUGGCAUCACAAUUGCUAGUGGAACAGCCAGUUACAGAAAAAGUUGUAUCUAAAGCUACCCAAGAAGAAACUACUGAAAUUCAAAUGGAGAACAUUCCACAGCCCAAGGAAGAUGAUGUGGAAUCUCUAGAAUUGGAUGGCUCUAUGAAAACUGAGGAUGUGCGAGAGGGAAAAGAACAAGAGAAAGACAGUAAACAAAAAGAAGAAAUUAAGCAAAAAGAAGAACAUGCAGACGAGAUUAAGCAAGAGCAACAACACAAGGAAAAGAGUAUGCAAGAAGAAGGUGAGAAAAAGAGUAAACAGGAGGAAGAAAAAAGGAAGCAAGAGGAAGUGAUUAAGCAAGAAAAAGAAGAGAUUAAGCAAAUAAGCAAAGAAAGGGAGUUGGAGAAACCUGGUGAAGAGGAAGAUGAGGUGUGUAAAGCUGUACCUGGGGAAAUUCCUGAACUCAAAGGAGUAAUAGAAUCUGUUGUUACAAUUGAGGAUGACUUCAUCACAAUAGUGCAGACAACAGUAGAUGAAGGAGAAACCAGUUCCCAUAGCAUACGCUUUGCAGUAGCAUCACAGGCUGAUACAGGAGAAGAAAGCUUCCAUCUUGAAGAGGAGGCAGAGGUGGUAGCUGAUGUCGAAGCAGAGACGAAAGAAAGCUCUCCAGAAGCUCCUGGCUCACCUGAGCGAGAUGAAAUCCCAUUAACUGAUUACAAGACAGAGACGUUUGAUGACUAUAAAGAUGAAACAACCAUUGAUGACUCCAUUCUGGACACAGACAGCAUAUGGGUGGAUACUCAAGAUGAUGAUAGGAGCAUCAUGACAGAACAGUUAGAGACUGUUCUUAAAGAGGAGAAGGCAGAGAGAGAAUUGCGGAGACCAUCUCUUGAUAAACAUAAAAAAGAGAAACCUUUAAAAACUGGGAGAGGCAGGAUUUCUACUCCUGAAAGAAAAAUAGCUAAAAAGGAACCUAGCACAGUCUCCAGAGAUGAAGUGAGAAGGAAAAAAGCUGUGUAUAAGAAAGCUGAACUUGCUAAAAAAGCUGAAGUUCAGGCUCACUCUCCCUCCAGGAAAAUCAUUUUAAAACCUGCUAUCAAACAUACUAGACCAACUCAUCACUCCUGUGUUAAGCGGAAGCAGACAGCCGCUGGUGGUGAAACAAACCAGGCUCCUGGGGUAUUUAAGCAAGCAAAGGAAAAACUUUCAACUUCUUCUUUGUCAAAGAUUCCUGCCUCAAAGGUUAGAGCAAAGUCAUUGCUGCCUCCGAGACCCAGCUCAGCUUGCUCAUUAACUACUAUUAAAAAAGCUACUUUGCUCAAUGCAGACAAUUAUUAUGUGAGGCCCUCUUCAGCGGGCCCAAGAGACUGCUUGCCAUAUUCAAAAACAGAUGCUCAGGAUGGUGUAACCAAGAGCCCAGAAAAGCGUUCCUCUUUACCAAGACCUUCUUCGAUUUUACCCACCCGGAGGGGCCUGUCAGGGGACAGAGAACGAGAUGAGAAUUCUUUCUCCCUGAACAGCACCAUCUCCUCAUCAGUGCGACGGACCACCAGAUCAGAGCCUAUUCGAAGCCGAACAGGAAAGAGUGGCACAUCAACCCCAACUACACCAGGAUCCACCGCCAUAACUCCUGGGACACCACCUAGUUAUUCCUCCCGUACCCCAGGCACUCCUGGGACCCCUAGCUAUUCCAGAACCCCUCACACACCAGGCACCCCCAAAUCUGGUAUUCUGGUGCCCACUGAGAAGAAAGUGGCUAUCAUACGCACACCUCCAAAAUCUCCAGCCACCCCUAAGCAACUACGGCUCAUUAAUCAGCCUCUGCCCGAUCUCAAGAAUGUCAGGUCCAAAAUUGGGUCAACAGAGAACAUCAAAUAUCAGCCUAAAGGGGGACAGGUUAGGAUUUUAAACAAGAAGAUUGAUUUUAGCGAUAUUCAGUCCAGAUGUGGUUCCAAGGAUAACAUCAAACAUUCAGCAGGGGGAGGAAAUGUGCAAAUUGUAACCAAGAAGAUAGAUUUAAGUCAUGUGACUUCAAAAUGUGGCUCACUAAAGAAUAUCCGCCAUAGGCCAGGUGGGGGACGAGUGAAAAUUGAGAGUGUAAAACUGGAUUUUAAAGAAAAGGCCCAUGCCAAGGUUGGUUCACUGGAAAAUGCUCACCAUGUGCCUGGUGGAGGUAAUAUCAAGAUUGACAGCCAGAAGCUAAAUUUCCGAGAGCAUGCUAAGGCCCGGGUUGACCAUGGAGCUGAGAUCAUCACACAGUCACCAGGCAGAUCCAGUGUGGCUUCCCCACGGAGGCUCAGCAACGUCUCGUCUUCUGGCAGCAUCAACCUGCUUGAAUCUCCUCAGCUUGCUACCCUUGCUGAAGAUGUCACUGCAGCCCUAGCUAAACAGGGAUUAUGAAUUUGCUUCAUUUAGCAGUGUUUGAAGUAAUAAUAUUUAGGCAUGAGCUCUUGCCAGGAAUGGGCUCAGAGCAGGUGUUAACAUUCAUUCGUUACCAUGUCUGAAAUUAAGUCACAUCCCAAGACUGUAGUAACCAUAAAAUAAAAAACUGGGGAAAAGAUAUAUGUAGAUGCAGAAAUUGGCCUGAUUUCCAUUUACAGCAGGAAGAUACUGGCUUUUAUGUGGGUACAAUUGCAGUAUAUUACAUAGGACAAUAAUUGUUGCUCUGCUCUGUCUUGCAUGGAGUACUGUACUAUGAUACAAUGCAUUUUUACCUUUCAUGUGCCUGAAGGCCAUCCAUCCUCCACUUUUUGAAGAGCCUUGUGAAAUACUUUGAGUUUCUCAUUUUACUGUUUUGUUGAUGGAUGGAAUUAAGGAACAUCUCCCAUUGUAAUUUAUUAACAAAUUAAAUUAAACUGGAGAGUCUUGAGUACCAGGCAGAAGGGCAAAUAAAGAUGUCAAAUUUUCAAAAGGGGUAUGUGGGGUGGGAUUAUUUUAUAUAAAUGGGUAGAAGAAAGAGUCAAUUAAGUUAUUAACGUUGUUGAGCUUGGAUAAUUAUGUCAGUGUAUAGCUGAUUCCAAUAAAUUAUUUAACUAGUAAUUAAAGAAAGUAGUUGAGGGGAAAUCAUAUAAACUGUACUGGGGAAGUGGCAUUUUUCUUUUUAAAAAGCAGCUACUCAAACUAAGCAAUGGAAUUGUGUCUGAUUAGAAUGUUGGUUAAGCAGAUAGGUUUGUGUCUACACUACUGGUUUCACAUCCUUUCCAUCUGUUUGAUACAGUAUUAUUAUAGAUAUAUAUUUCUCUGUGGCCAUUUGUGAUACGCCCUCUCAUACUUGAAUAUUCUACUUCUUUAUUCACAGUAUCUGUCUCUUGCACCCUUUGGUGUUGCAAUUUUAGGUAUGUAAAAGUAGAUGUUAGCAGGGUUUUUAUUUCCCUAUUCAGACUUUUAAAAAGACAAAAAAGACAAAGAUCUUUUAGCAUGAAAUUGCUUUCUGUAACAUCUCAAAACUGUGACCCUGUUUUAGUGCCCGAUGCAAGUCUUUUCUGUGAUACUAGAAAAAUUAUUCUCUCUUCUCCCCCCCUCCUUCUCAUUUUCUUCACUAUGGUUAACUUUAUGGGGUCCAGGUGUCUGUAAAAAAAAGUCCUCCAAAAAGAUGGAUUGGGAUUCUAAAUUAAUACAAUAAAAUAAUGGUUUUGUUCUGGCUUUUAAAAAAACUUGCAAUAAGAGUGAAGUUUAAAGUUAUUUAUUUAUUUAUUUUCUUUUGCUAAAGUUGAAAUUCCAAAAAACAACAGGAAGUUUUAACAGAAGUCAUUCCAUUCCUUUAAUGUCAUCUUUGCAUAGAUGUGCUCAGAUGCCUCAGGAGAGUGAUGCUCUGGAGACAUGCAUACAUAAUGCAUGUUGAUUACUAGUAACAUAAUUAAAUAAGCUUCUUAUACAGCAUCACCAAGGUGAUGGAACUGAUAAAUCUGCACAAAAUAAUAUGUUGAACAUAAAAAAGUAUACGACAAGUGUGUGUAAUAAGAAAUAAGACAAGGACACCUAAACAUUAAAACAAGUGGAGCCUAUGGGAUUUUCACCACUACCACAUGGAUAUUAAGAGAAUACUGGUGGUAUGGUAAUAUGACACAUAAGUAGACAAUCGUCUAUUCAUAUUAUGUAUGCUAGCUUUGACUAGAUGAUAAUAAUCACCUAUUUCAACCUACAGAUUGAUCACUCUUUUCCUUAUAAAAUCACCUGCAUAACAUUUGCAUGCUCUCAAGCUGAGCUGUACGGAAGAUUCAUUAGGAUGAUUUUUUUGUGUUGGAAGCUGUUUGAAAAGGGCUACCUCUUAAACAUCUUAAUUUACAUGGCUUGUAUCUAAGGCUGAUUUUUAAAAAAAUAAACAAAACAGUAUAAACAAUUAGGAGUCUUGUAGCACCAUAGAGACUGAAACAAUUACCAUGGCGUAACUUUCAUGGGCUAGAACCACAUCAUCAAAUGUACAGAUGACUCUCAACAGUAUUCCAGUACUGUUCUAUUACAGUAUGGAGUUCCAUAGCAUAAAAUCCGAUCCUGAAUUUAAAAAUAGUUUCCUAAAUGGCAUCAGCUCUUAUUUCUAACAGGUAAAUCUUCAGCAGGUAUUGCAGAGCUUGUUCAAAUUUUAUGUGGAUGAACUAAAGCCUAAAUGAUACCCUGAUACAUGACAUCUUAAAAGUUCUCUCAUAUUGUAAGAUGCCUCAUUCAGUUGUAAAUGCAGUCAUAUCGUUAAGGAAAAAUGUUAGCUUUUAGACUCUAAAGUGCAACAGGAGGACUGUUCUGCCCUAUGAUUGCUGUGAUGUUGCUUGGAAUAAUCAUACAAUAUACAAAUACAUGCCAAGAACAUAAGAAGAGCUCUGCUGGAUCAGACCGGGGGUCCAUAGAGUGGGACUCCUUGCUACUGCUUCAGGAAAAAAAUAAUAAAGGCAAAAGAACAAUCUUUUUAAUGAAAAGUUGGCACUCUGACUCUAUGCCAUUAGUUCUUGCAGAUUAGCCUUUCAAGUGUUUUUACAUCUUUUUCCAAUCUUAGAACGAGAGAAUGCCCAAGGUACUAUUGAACCUCACUUGGACUGAUGCUGAUUGCCAGCCAGUCAGAACAGUGUUUAAUCUGUGACUAUUUUGUAUUCUGCUUUUUUGGGAUAUAAACACAUUCUAGAUGGUGAAGUUAUUUAUCGAGUAUACGUGUCCAAUGCUGCCAAGUCAUUAAUUUCAUGCUACAAAUUUAUGUUUCUCAUCUUAAAGACAAGUCCUUGUAAUUUAUAAUAGUCCUUCCAUAGAAAGAGUUGCAGAAUUUUGCUGAAGUCAUACAAGUUGAAGAGCCAGGAGAUCAUGUUGUAAUUAGAAGAAAUGCACACACUAUGUUACAGGACUCUAGAUUUUCGCUGGGGUGGUGUUAGGGGAAAGUCAACAAAACCUUAACUUCCCAAGCAUAGACUUGAUUUAAAAGCUAGUGGCACAACAAUUCAGUGGGAAGUUAUCUUGUGCAGGAGCCACAUAAGUGCACUACUGUUCUUCAUUUCAGCAGGAUAACUUUUGUUGAAUUGUGCCCAUUUAUGUUCUUGGACAGCAUAUUUUUGUCAGUUUUAAGGAGUUGGCACAGUACCUUUGACUAAUGAGCUGUUUAGGUAAAAUAAAGUAGUAAUGUGCAUUUAGCAAUUCGCAGAGAAGAUGAAUAAAAAUGUUUAGGGCCAACAUAGAUCAUUCUAUCAAGAACACAUCUUUCCCUUAGGACUCCUCUGUUUCUCUCUGUCUACAUACUAUAUGCUUCUUUGUAAUCCUAGGCAUGAAGGGACUGGAAAAAAAGAUAGGCAGACCUUUUGGUCCAGCAAGAAUAGUCCAAGCUGCCAACUAUGAGGAUAGUCUCUUGCCUACUGAGAUAUUAUUAGAAUUAGACAUCUAACGGUGAGCUCAUGUACAGCUACAACUACUCUCUUCAUUAUGGCUAUUUGCAAAUAUCUAAGUCCACCUAGUGCACGUCCCAAAGGAUCAAAAAACAUGGACCACCAUGUCUUGAUAAGCAUGCAAGGGGCUUUUUUGUAGUAUUGGGCUCCAGAGUCCCUUCCAAAAGAUGUCAUGCAAAUUGCCAUAUAUGAUGAAGCUGGAAGCCCAAGCUUCAGCGUAAACCAGGCCUGCGGUCUCAGAGCUGCUAGGCUGAAAUAAGCCCAUCAGAGGCUUGAUAGAUCCUCUGUCUGCCUAGAACUGGAAAAACAGGGUAGUCAUUCCUAAGCCCCCAGAAAGGUGCCCAUCCAUAGCUGGUAGGGUGUGACCAGCUGGGCGAAUCACACUUUGUGUAAGCCUGGCCAGUUAUUGUGCUAGAGCUUGCUCACUCUCUACUAAUCUAGCAAAUUCCAUUACAAACAGGGUACUUAUUUUGUAGAUUUGGUAAGGUUGGACCUAACAGUCAUUUCAACUUUAGCAAAGAGAAACAUAGGUGUGUUGGGAUUUCCCCCAUCCCAUUCCCUUUUUAAAAAAGCAAGAAGGAACAGUAGGCCAUUACAAAGCCUGUGGGGUAAUUUCUUUUCCUGACAAUUCUAGAUCCUGUUAUCAUAAAAGAGGCAUUUCUUAAAUGGCUGGUGGUAGGUAGUUCAUGU